UGAACAGUUUGAAUCGGAUGACAAAUGUGGAAGGUAGAGUGCGCCAAAAUCUACAGAAGAAGUUGAAUAAAUAGAUGCAUUUUGGUGUCGAAAACCAUGACUGUGAAUGCCUUGGAGCAUUCACAAAAUUAAGUACUUUGUUAUAAUCUUACCCCGUGUGGACUAAUUGUCACUUGUGCGAUAAGUAAUUAAUUAUUUUAAAUUAUAUUUCUUUCAUUGUGUUGUCUGACCAAUAAGCGUACACUUUGAGAAUGAGGAAGUAGACAUUGUAAGGUAAAGGCCGUUAAGUAUUGUAACAAUGAGGGAGUUCAUUUCGACGCCUCCAUUUUUCCUUUUCAUAGCCGUUGUUUAUACAGGAGUUAGUAGCUCCUUUUGACAAAGCAGCUCGAUUCGAUAGAACACCGGACAAUAAAUUAGGCUAGAGAUUCUUGGCAGCGUGUCAUUACACCGACUCCAGCUCGCCAUUAACCCUCCCCCGCGGCGGUCUGCAUACUUUGCCGGGAUGGGCAGCACCGAGGAGGCGCUGCUGCCUUUUUUUCGAGCCGUCUGUGGGUGUGUAAGCUCGUCUAUUUAAGCACCAGCGAGUCAAGUCCCAACAUUUUAUACUGACGCCAUGGACAACAUGGAGACCCCUCUGGGUUCGUUUAAAAACCCCAUCAAGUUUCUGGACCAGGACUUCAAAACCCUGCUGGAGAAGUGUCUCAAGUCCGGCGAGAUGUUCUCCGAUGCGUCCUUCCCGGCCGAGCAGAAGUCCAUCGGCAUGCCGGAGGAUGACGAGCCGAAAAAGGCAAUCAAAUGGAAGCGACCCAAGGACAUCAGUGAGAAUGCUGUGUUUGUGGAGGGCACUACCGGCACCACUGACAUCUGCCAGGGUCAGCUAGGUAACUGCUGGCUGCUGGCAGCAUUGUCCUGUCUCACCAUGCACCCCAAGCUCUUCAUCAAGGUGGUCCCGCCUGACCAAAGCCUGUACAAGUCUUACGCCGGCAUUUUCCAUUUCAAGUUCUGGCAGUAUGGUGAGUGGGUGGAGGUGGUUGUGGAUGACAGGCUGCCAGUACGAGAGGGCAGUCUGCUCUUCAGCUACUCUCACACCCGCAAUGAGUACUGGAGCGCCCUGGUGGAGAAGGCCUAUGCCAAGUUAAUCGGAUCAUACGGAAGUCUGAAGGGUGGCAACAUUUCGGAGGGGAUGGAGGAUUUCACAGGUGGCAUCGCGUACUCACUGCCGGUUUCCUCUCACGCGCCUCGUGUCUUGUGGAGGUUGCUGACAGCUGCCCUUGUUCGAGGCAGCCUGCUCAGCUGCUUCAUUCAGGCCAACAACUACCGGGAGAUAGGCAAAAUAAAUGAAGAUGGUCUGAUAAAGGGCCAUGCCUACGCCAUCACUGAAACCGACCAGGUGAAGCAUGUGUCUGGUGUGAUUUUGCUCCUGAGGCUGAGGAAUCCGUGGGGCUUUGUUGAAUACAGUGGACCCUGGAGUGACAAGAGCAAGGAGUGGAGUGACGUAUCCAAAGAGGAGAAAGAGAGGCUAGAAAUGAAAAGGAGAGAAGAUGGAGAGUUCUGGAUCAGUGCUGAUGAUUUUGGCAGCAAGUUUGACUUAGUGGAGCUCUGCAGUGUUAAUCCUGACACCCUUGUGGUUACGAACACAGAGCAUCCUCCUAGCUCCGCCCCCUCUCAGUGGACCAUCAACGAGCAUGAAGGAUUGUGGCUACCAGGGAGCUCUGCCGGUGGAAGCCGGAAAUACCACCGAUCCUUCUGGAAGAAUCCCCAGUUUGAGUUGGUUCUCACGGAGCAUGAUCAGCCUGAUGAGGAUGAUGAGGACGAUGAAGCGGAGGAGGACGAAGACGAAGAGGACGGUAUGUCACUCCAGAGCGAAAAAACGGAGAAGCAGAAGAUGAAAGCCAAAAAGUGCACCGUUUUGGUGGAAGUCCUGCAGAAAGACAGAAGGCGGCGGGACAAAAUCCACUUCCUCUUCAUGGGUUUUCACAUCUACAAGGUUCCACCCGAGCUUCAAGGGAUGUGUCUGCAGCGCAACUUCUUCCUAAAAAAUCGCCCUGUCAGCCGCUCGGGGAAAUAUAAGGCUCAGAGGGGAGUGUGGAGGAAAGUGCACCUGGACCCGGGUCACUACGUCCUUGUAGCGUCCACCUAUCGACCCAACCAGGCUGGAGAGUUCUUUGUGCGCAUCUUCUCCAAAACUGGGAACACUUUGGGAACGCAGGACUUUAUGUGCUCUUCUAGCUAUCUUCCAGUGAUAGCAGCUCCUGUCGCCCCGGAGGACAAAAUGAGAGUUCUGCGGGCUUUUGAUGAAGAGGCUGGACCAGAUGACAGGUUAAACGCCAAAGAGCUCAUGAAGAUGUUGAACUCAGUCUUGGACAAAAAUUACCACCUGCCACUGGAGACGUGCAGACAGCUCAUCCUUGCAGGGGAUACUAAAGGAAGAGCAAGUCUGAACCGUCAACAAACUGAAGUCCUGCUCUCUGACCUACGCAACCUUCAGUCCAUCUUUUUCCAGUUUGAUGAGGACUCUUCUGGGACCAUGAGUCCUUUUGAACUCACUGCCGCUCUACAGGCUGUGGGGAUGAAGUGUGACAAUAAAGUUGUCCAGCUGAUGUCUGAGCGCUUUGCAUCUGGAGAGCUUCACCUGUCCUUCCAUGGCUUUGUGGCUGGUGUCACCAGGCUGCGCAAGCUCUUUGCUCUGUAUGACUCAGAGAGCAGUCAAGAGGUAAAAGACAGGGGGAUCAACUCUGUGAGUAGCUUCAUGUUGUGUUGUUCACAUAAAGAAGCAAACUGGGCCGUGGCGUGGUUCUCAUUCUUUGUGGGACUUUUGUGUCCAUCACAGUGGCUCAUUCAGUUUCUGGUGGUGUGACGAGCAUCUCCACAUGGACUCAGCAUUGCUCCAAUGACUGACACCAACACACACACACGCACACGCACACAUGCACACACGCACACACACACACACACACACACACACACACACACACACACACACACACACACACACACACACACACACACACACACACACACACUUCUGCUCUUCAGUUCCAAUAUUUCACGAUGAAAGAUGUUUCCAAUAUUUUGGUUGGCUUAUUUAGCUCUUAAUUAUAUCAAGCACUAUUCUUAUGACUGGGGACGUAUUAGAAACCUCUUUUGCUACAAUAUUCUAAGAAUGAUUUACCAGUGCAAACUACAGCAAUAAUGAAAUGCAUAACAAAUUUACUGUAAUUGUUUUUUUAUUUUCAAAAAUAAUCAUCUUGACCCUCAGGGGACAUUGGAGUUUAAUUUUCUUCGAAGUUAAAGUUAAUUUUGUUUUUUACUUUUUAUGUUUGCAUGUUCUCCCCGUGACUGCGUGGGUUCCCUCCGGGUACUCCAGCUUCCUCCCACCUCCAAAGACAUGCACCUGGGGAUAGGUUGAUUGGCAACACUAAAUUGGCCCUAGUGUGUGAAUGUUGUCUGUCUAUCUGUGUUGGCCCUGUGAUGAGGUGGCGACUUGUCCAGGGUGUACCCCGCCUUCCGCCCAAAUGCAGCUGAGAUGGGCUCCAGCACCCCCGUGACCCCGAAAGGGACAAGCGGUAGAAAAUGGACGGAUGGAUGGAUGUUUUUUAAACAAUAAUAUCAAACAUACAAUGUUGUUGUUUUUUGGUCCUUCUGAAAGCCUUUGAUCAGAUAAUAUUUGCAUAAGACUCAUUUUACAAAUUUAAAGAGGAACUGCACUUUUUUGGAAUUUUGCCAAUCAUUCACAAUCCUUAUGUAAGACAAGCGCACAUGUUUUUUCUUCUAGUAAAUAAAUGCGAUCAAAAGUCAUCUUAUAAUGGAGCUUAUGGGAGUCACUCUAUUAAAAUGUAAUAUUUACCGUAUUUUUCGGAGUAUAAGUCGCACCGGCCGAAAAUGCAUAAUAAAGAAGGGAAAAAACAUAUAUAAGUCGCACUGGAGUAUAAGUCGCAUUUUUUGGGGAAAUGUAUUUGAUAAAACCCAACACCAAGAAUAAUAAUUUGAAAGGCCAUUUAAAAUAAAUAAAGAAUAGUGAACAACAGACUGAAUAGGUAUACGUUAUAUGAGGCAUAAAUAACCAACUGAGAAUGUGCCUGGUAUGUUAACGUAACAUAUUAUGGUAAGAGUCAUUCAAAUAACUAUAACAUAUAGAACAUGCUAUACGUUUACCAAACAAUCUGUCACUCCUAAUCGCUAAAUCCCAUGAAAUCUUAUACGUCUAGUCUCUUACGUGAAUGAGCUAAAUAAUAUUAUUUGAUAUUUUACGGUAAUGUGUUAAUAAUUUCACACAUAAGUCGCUCCUGAGUAUAAGUCGCACCCCCGGCCAAACUAUGAAAAAACUGCGACUUAUAGUCCGAAAAAUACGGUACCUCUUUUGCUUUUACCUUUGACAUCACUGAUUACUGCUCACUGAAGACUUCAUGAGAGCCAACAAACAUAAUAAAACAUCACUUACUGUACGAUGUCUGCUGUCACUAGGAUGCUGACUGUUAGGAUGUUGAUAUAUUCCCAUUUAGAUUAAGAAUGACUCAUAAUCCUGGCAAAGGGUAAUAAAGGGGUGGAUGCAAACCA